AAACAGUUUCCAACUGCAAUUACUCGUUUAAACACACAGUAUCUGAAGUACAAGUUUUUGUAUUUUUUUCUCGUAUUUAAAAAAACACUUACAAAUAAACAGCCUAAACAUGAAAUUUUUCGUUUGUAUUGCUGCGCUUGUUUUUGUUGCCAACUGCCGUGCUGAUAAUAUUGAUAAGGAUGCUGAAAUCCGUAGUUUAACUAAUGAUGCUGCUGAUGCCGAAGGCAAUUACCAAUAUGCUUAUGAAACCAGCAAUGGCAUACAAUUCCAGGAAUCGGGCAAUCCAGAGGGUGUACGUGGUUCUUUGAAUUAUAUUUCUCCCGAAGGUGAACACAUUGCUUUAUCAUAUACUGCCGAUGAAGAGGGUUAUCAUCCAGUUGGUGAUCAUUUGCCUACACCACCUCCUGUUCCAGCAUACAUUUUGCGUGCUUUAGAAUAUAUACGAUCUCAUCCACCCACACAAGUUAAGGAACAUAAUUGAGCAGUUGAAAAUGUGAAUAAUAUAGAUUCUUGUUAAUUAGUCUUACCCACAAAACAAGGACGUGAUCCACACCCCCGUUAUUUGAAUAGAUUUAAUGGCUGUUGAUAUUAAUAGAUUUACAAUAAAAAUCAGUUGUUAUAGGUUAAGAAGUUGAACAUUUUUAAAAAAGAACAAAAAUAAAUAAAUAUUAAUCAAA